AGCGCCAUCUUCUCCCAGCUACUAGCCGGCCCAGAAACACGUGUCGGGGGGCGGGGUAAGGCUUACUGGAGGUCCCGCCCCUGCCUCGUGAGGCCACGCCCACCAAGCCCAGAGACCGGGAGGAAGCACGUACCUCGCGCUGUCGGAGGCGGGGCUAAAGGGAAAUCCCGGCAUGCCCCGGGGAAGGCGAGUAGGACGACGAUGGAGGCCGGUGCGACGGCGGCGCCCGCCGUGCUGCGGGUGAGGCGGAAGCGCGGCGCGGAUCCUGCGGAGGCGCUCGUCCUCGCGUGUAAACGGCUGCGCAGCGGGGCCUCCGAGGAGGGGGCCAUGGCCGCGGGGCCGGGGCCCGUGGAGGAGAACGUCUUCAAACUGGCGGCGACCGUGUGCUCCCAGGAUGAACCUGUUCAAAAGUAUGUCAGAGAAGCCAUCACCAGACAGAAAGCCACCAGAACCCUGACUCCUUCCCUGGAAAGCCACCAGAGAAUCCGUCAGGAUCUCCUCACUGCAAAGCUGGUGACCCGGCAGGAUGACCGCUACCGCCUGGUCUCCAAGCGCCGGGCCCACUGUGCCGAGGGAGAAGCCGCCCCGCUGACUGUGGACGCUGCCAGCAGGGUUGAGACGCACAAGCUGGACUCUGAUGGUACCAAACAGACGUCACAAAGAGGAGGCAGUUCAUCCUCUGCAGAAGAAUUUCAGCUAUUUGAUAUCAUUCAUGAGGAUGCCGCUGAGAAAGAGACCCUCUCCAUUCCUGCCGCCUGCUCUGAGAAAUCUGACCCAGAUGUGAUACUCUGUAAUUCAGUAAAGAUGAUCCGUGAGCGGCUAGCCAUCUCUAAGGAUGGAAAAGGAAUGGAGCACCGAGAGAAGGAGGAUGAUUAUGUCUAUGACAUUUACUACAUGGAGACAUCUACCCCAGGAUGGAUUGAAAGCAUCCUCUCUGUGCAGCCCUACAGUCAGGAGUGGGAGCUGGUAGCUGAUGAUCAUCAAGCAGAGGAAAUUGAUGAUGACGAUGAUGAAGAUGAGAACAGUGAGAAUCACUGGCGUAACGAGUACCCUGAUGAGGAAGAAGGAAGCAGUGACAGAGAGAGCACCAGAGGAUCUGAAGAAGAAUACGGCAGCUUUAGUGAUGAGGAAAGUAGUGUCAUCAGACCAAGGAAAUGGAACAAAUAUCCCUAUGAUGUGCUAAAGGAGUUUGAGUAUGACAGCUCCCAGGACUUAGAUUCAGACUGAGGAUUACUCAAGCAUUCACCAGUUACCUGGGACAAACCCUUUGGUGGCUGUGGCUGUAGGCAUCAGCCUCUUUGCUGCUGACCCUGCCCCAGUGUCACCUUGGAAAGGGGAAGGGGAAAAAAAUAAGCCUCUGGGGAUGUUUGGCUCUCAGGUCAAAUUCUGGCCUCCAGACAACUCUGUGCUACUGGGGAAAGAAAAACCUUAGAUAAAUCAGAGCUCCUUUGCCUCCGACUGCAGUAUUGCCUAUUGGUAUGGGAAGAAAAUCCUCUUUCACCUGAUGCUGCUAGAAAAUAUUUUCCUUUCCCUACACUUCACUUUAGCCCUUUGUUUAAUGUGAAAGAUUUUCACCUUCCAUGUGAAGAAUUGACUUUACAUGUUCAGAUCUACAGCAUCCCUAAGUUUGAGUCUUGGUGAGAAAAGUUAACUUUUGAAGCCAAUGAAUAAAGAAAGAUGUCACCAACGUGCUUCACGUGAAAAGAUUGGUCUUCCCCAAUCUCAGUCCUGCCACUAAAGGCAGGUCCUGCUUCAUGCUGCUGAAUGAGGUGUUUCUUUGGAAGCCUCUAGUGUUAGAGGCAAAAACACUAUGAAAGGCCACACAAAGAUGCCAACACAGGAAGCCAAUGUGUGUAUGUUCACUAAAGUGGUUUCUGGUUGUGACAAAGUGAAAAGAAUCCUUGUUGGUAUUGUCCUCCAUUUCCCAUCUGUGGCCUUACUAUGAUCCUGCUUGUAGCGUUGGGAGUCCUUUGACAGAAAUGCUAAGGGAGCUGUGUGUGUAUAUGUAUAUGUGUGAAUUUGAUGCACUGACUGUAUUAAAAAUUAUUUUGGAACAUGGA